ACUAUGGAAAGAAACCUCUCUCACUCGCUCUCUCCUCGGGCUCCGACAUGGAUGUAGAGGUCACAUGGUAGGCUACCAGCAGUCAACGAAAGGGUUAACUUAGUGGUUAAGUUAAUGAAGUUCAGCGGUGCGAGAGGAGGCAGUUAUUUUGGAAAACAGACGGGACAGACUGGUGAACGUUCUAAGUUACCUGAAAAGAAGGUUUGAAGCCAUAAGGGCUGAGAGGGCUUCUCCUGCUGCGCCACCAUGAGUUGGAGCUUCCUGACGCACCUUCUGGAGGAGAUCUCCAACCACUCCACAUUCGUGGGCAAGGUGUGGCUGACUCUGCUCAUUAUCUUCCGCAUCGUGCUGACGGUGGUUGGCGGCGAGAGCAUCUACCACGACGAGCAGAGCAAGUUUGUGUGCAACACGCAGCAGCCCGGCUGCGACAAUGUCUGCUACGACGCCUUCGCGCCGAUCUCGCACAUCCGCUUCUGGGUGUUCCAGGUGAUCAUCAUCACGAUGCCGUCCAUCAUGUACCUGGGCUACGCCAUGCACCGGAUCGCGCGCGCCAGCGACAAGGACUACUUGCCGCGGCACCGCAAGCGGGCGCCGGUGGUCACGCGCGGCCACCUCCAUGACUACGACGACAUGGACGACCACGAGGAGGUGCCCAUGAUCACCGAGGAGGUGGAGGCCGAGGAGGGUAGCAAGCCGGGGGCGGUGACCGGGCCGGUCGCCAAGGCGACCAUCCCCGAGGGGAUGGCGCCGAAGCACGACGGCCGCCGGCGCAUCCUGAGGGACGGGCUCAUGAGAGUGUACGUGGUGCAGCUGCUGUCGCGCUUCGGCUUCGAGGUAGCCUUCCUGUUCGGACAGUACCUGCUGUACGGGCUUGAGGUGGACCCGUCAUACGUCUGCACGCGCAGCCCCUGUCCCCACACUGUGGAUUGCUUCGUCUCAAGGCCCACGGAGAAGACCGUCUUCCUGAUCACCAUGUACGUGGUCAGCUCGCUCUGUCUGCUCCUGACCUUCCUGGAGAUCUGCCACCUGGGCAUCGGCGGCAUCCGCGACGUCCUUAAGGACCGCUCGAACAACAACAGCCGCCGCAGCCGCCGCCCUCCCCAGCCUCCCCACCACCCCCUCAGCUCCUCGGGCCUGCUGAAGCGUGCCCCCUCCGCCCCGCCGAGGUACAACUCGGUGCUGAAGAAGAAGGACGCCCCUGGUUCACUGCGGCCCGAGUUCAGGGAACUGCACCUGGGCGACUCGGGCCGGGAGUCCCUGGGGGACGAGCCGUCGGGUCGGGACCUGGAGCACAUGAAGCGGCAUCUGAAGAUGGCCCAGCAGCACCUUGACCGGGCCUACCAAAGCGAGGCGGUGGUGGCGGCGUCUCGGAGCAGCACCCCUGAGUCCACCAGCGGCACCUCCAUCGAGCAGAACCAGCUGAACUACGCCCAGGAGAAGCAGGCCAGCACCAGCAGCGACCAAGGUGCAGGUGUCCAUGCCUGAGGCCUUUGCAGUCUAGUCUGCCUGUCCAUAACUCACACUGGCAAUCAGGAAGCACAUUUAAGGAUGGCAGUCAUAGAUUUGCUUUUUGAAGAUAUGUACGCGCGUGUGGGUGCAUGCGUGCGUGUGUUUUUGUGGUUUUGUUGUUUGUGUGGUGUGUUGAAUGGGUGGUGUUUGUACUGGAAAGGUGCCUUGCAGUAUUAAGGCCAGUGAACGCUAAUGCAAAAUGCACAAUGUGUAAAAAAAAAAAAAACCUCCAGAGAUGAAUCACCACGAGGGCCAAACCCUCUGGAGCCCCUGCCAAUGCAGUCCUCCUUUCCCUGCCUCAUGUCCCGGCGUGCCUUAACACAUCCAGUCAACCCAUCCCUGCAGUGUCCCGGCCUGUGAUCCUGCCUGUCACCCAUUGCUCAUCACCCACGCAUUGGCUAAAGGUGAUGGUGCUGCUGAUGGUUCUUUUUUUCCCUCAGUUUUUCUAACUUUUUUUUCUAUCUUGUUGUCCCUGUUGGUUCUGGCUUAAGAAACUCUUUGCCUCUGACCUCCCUGAUAGUGGGGAAGAAUCUCGGAUCAAGGCCUUGUACAUAAUACAUGGCCGACCUGUGCUCUCCCAGAAGGAAAACAUUCCAGGACUUAAAGAAGACCUAAUGUGUGUGUGUUUGGGAGGUGACGAGGACACACACCGUGUUUUCAAUGACAAGUCAACUGUUAAGAGAAAUCAGUCAUUUGUUCUCUUGAAUCAAAAUUGGUCUGACUCAAAAGGGAGUUGUGUUGAGCAACACGUCUUAAAUACAGCACUUGCUCUGAAACUUCUUUAGUUACUAACGUUCAGAUCUGAUUUGGAACUCUCUGUGCCUCCCUCUUAUAGGCUGAACUAAGUGCCUUGCAGAGAGGCAUUUUCCUCUCAACCCGUAAAUGAUACACCUGCGCAAUCUCAGAAGAGUUUUUCUUUACAUGCGGAGCUGAUUGGCAAACUAGGAGGGAUACCUGGAAAAUGCUUGAAUUUAUUGGUUAGUUUAAGCUUCUUUUUGUUGUCUGUGCAUUUCCCUUUUCUUACCUUUUUUAUUUUGUUUGUCUAAUUAGCCAUAAUGAAUAUGGUCAGUCACAUCAUUCCAAUUUCUGUCUUUGUUGUUGGAAAAGCUUUCAUUAGACCUAUAUAAAAACUGGAGACUGUUUUGGAUAAUUCUUUUUGCUUCAUGUCAUUUCUUCAAUAAUAUUUUGUACAGACAUGACUUUGAAAAUGAACUUUCUUUGACUUUUUUUUUUUUUCUUUUUUCUUUUUUAUAUAUAUAUAUAUAUAUAUAAUGUUGCACAUUGUGGUUUAUGACAUUUAAAUGAGUGGAUGCUGAACUGCCAAAUGUUUGUAUCUUGUGUGCCAGCUUUGUGGUCUGCUGGCUAUCUGAUUGGCACAGUCGAGCAAUCAACCCAAUUGGAAGUCGGUCAAACCCUUUGGCUUGGCAUUACUGAAGAGCUGCUCGAUCGCCACAACAUUUCAAAAGUGUGUCUGUCAGAACAACAUGAAAAACCGUUUGUGUGAGUUGUGUUUGCUCGAAGUAUGUGUGCUAGUUUGAGUGCUUGAGAAAUGUCUGUUAUUGAAAGGCUGCGUUUUUGCUUCUGUCAAAUGCUGAGAACAGAUAUUGCUGAUGAUAGGAAGGGGAACAACAUGCAUUUUAAUAUCAUUGUGAGUAGCCAAAGAUGUUGCUCUAUGCAAUUUGCUAUUUUUGUAGAAAACUGUUCAAAGUAAAAUAAAACUUGAGUAAUAAAGUGGAUAUAUUUAUA